AUGCAACAACGUUUUGACCUGAUGCUCCUUUUAUUCGCCAGCAGUGGUGUUCUUUUAUCAUUCAUUCUCAUCCGAAUGGAUCCAAACAGCAAACAUGAAACAGACCCACUCAUCACACGAGAACUCGCCUCUCCCGAACAUUCCAUUCUCUUCUUUAUUCACAUGUUUUUGAAGAGCGUCGGAUUGAAUCAUGUCAAGUUUUUCCAAUGGAGAGCAUUGAUGGAAAUGAAACAAUUCUACAUGAUAAGUUUGUGUGUUCAUUCCAUCACAGCCAUGUGUUGGAUUUUGUUAUUGUAUUUUGGAAAUAAGAAUUCUGAAAGUGGAAUUGAUGUGAAUAAUAACAACAACAGCCAAAAACAACAACAACAACAGAAAAAGAUUCAAAAACACUCCUCGUCGUCGUCAUCCUCGUUUAGUUGGUUGAAAUUCGUAUUGAAUGCCAUUCUCAUCAUGAGUUGUGUUUCCAUGUUGUUCAUUCUUUCGUUGGUCUAUUUACCUCUCAUUAAGAAUGGAAUUCAAUUGAAACAUCAUCAAUGA